CGCAGCACGGCCAGCGUGGUUAGCUUAGUUGCGUACGGGACGAUAGUUCUAGCGCCCUCCGUAGAACGAAUGCUUGCCGUUGAGCGUGUAUCAGUCGCGGGGCGGCAGCGUUUAGUGUAUUGAGUUGCAUUUAAGUGGUGGCUGGGCAUUGAUCGUGUAGCCAUCGCGAUCGAGUGGUGGAAGAAAGGGGCAGCUCUAGGAUCUGACUUAGCCCCAGCUUGAGAGGAUGCCUAAAGUGAAGCGGAGCAGGAAGCCACCACCAGAGGGAUGGGAGCUGAUAGAGCCAACGCUGGAUGAGCUCGAUCAGAAGAUGAGGGAGGCUGAGACGGAGCCGCACGAGGGAAAGCGAAAGGUCGAGUCGCUCUGGCCCAUCUUCAAGAUCCACCACCAAAAGUCCCGCUACAUCUUCGACCUCUUCUACCGCCGCAAGGCCAUCUCCAGAGAGCUCUACGACUACUGCCUGAAGGAGAAGAUGGCCGACGGCAACCUGAUAGCCAAGUGGAAGAAGCAGGGCUACGAGAACCUGUGCUGCCUGCGCUGCAUCCAGACGCGCGACACCAACUUCGCCACCAACUGCAUCUGCCGCGUGCCCAAGGCGAAGCUGGAGGAGGGCCGUGUGGUGGAGUGCAUACACUGCGGCUGUCGCGGCUGUUCCGGCUAGGCCUCUAGCACGGUCGCCAUCAUCAUCACCCGCACCGUGACCGACGCCGGGGCGAGGGAGGACCGCUUCCCCCAGCCGGCUGGCCGGGCGGGGCGGACCGCUGCCCUCAGGCGACUGCCACUGGACGGCCGCCGGCCCGCCUCCGCCUCCCACGUAGGGGCGAAGGCCCGGCUCGCGUGGGAGCGGGGGUCUCGCUGGCUCGUGAUGGACGCUGACGAGCCUGUGACCACAUGGGAGAAGCCUCAAGUCACGUGACAGUUGUGUGUCUCACAGAGGACGGUGAGCGGCUGCGGCGAUGGGACACGUGGGAAGCGGCAGGCGGGAAGCUUUCGCGAGCGUCUCUAUCCCCUCCGUGUGGAAUGGGACACCCCAUUGUGACAGGAGAAAAGGAAGUCACGCAAUGUGCCUCCCGGGAAGUCUGGAACAAAAUAACUGUUGUGGAAAGUGUGACGCUGAUGAUUGUUGAUGGGCGCUCCCAUCAUCCUGUGCCUGAGCCUCUGAAGGGAUCCAUGAUGAUCAUCUUUGCGUGGGCUCAGUGGCUGUUCAACUUCUCCACCUGUGAAUGUAAACGGCAUCCCGUUCGCCCCCGUGCUAUACCGGCAUAUUCUUGCAGUGCAUGGCAUAUGCUUGCGUCCACCGCGGCAAACGGCCAAGCUUGGUGGUCUUUUGUGUGAAAUACAUGUCACU